AAAAAAUGUUAUAUAUUUCAUACUGGAAACAUCUCAAGACUUUCUUGAGGUCGUACUCUUAUGUGCUACCAUUGGUUGUCAAGCUAUUUUGGGCUAUUGCUUUCGUCCUACCUAUAUCACUUACAACCGAAUUUCCAAAAUUGUUGUAUAUUUCGGGCGUACCCGUGCCACUCAAAUCGUGUAGCUCACUCGCAUCGUACAUCGUCUGAUGGGGCUGACUCUUGCCGUAGGAAAAGACAUCGUGGUGCACGAGCGACAUUGACAGCCGAUUCAAUAAGCGAAGCCUGCGGAUGGAUGGAAGCCAUGUUCGAUCAUAACACGAGCAUCCCUCUCUUCCGGAUUCCGGUAAUUUCAGGCAUUGGCAUGUAAGCCGAGUUUCAUCAAUCCUGGGCGCCACAUGUGUAAUCCAUACAUAUAACACUGGAGUCAUACGUGACAGUCAAAUUCCCUCAAGGAAUCAACUUCAGCUUUGUCCUAUAAGCUCCGUCGCCAACUUUGGUGGAUAGUCUUGCACGCAUCUGUCAUGCAGGUUGAGCCAUAUGGCCGGACACUUGACUCUUGUAGCGUCCAGCAUCAUCAUGCCUCUUUUAGCGCAUACUCCUUUCUGUUCUUAAUAAUAAGACAGGACAGAACUGAAAUUGAACACAGACGCCAUCCGGUGUAAUGGUCUCAGUACCAGUCAGCCUGCUCUCCGAAUCACAGCCGAGAGAAGAGGCUACUUGUACUCGCACGACAGCCGGAGUACGCUCCGUGAUUAUUGGCUUGCGUACCUUGGUUAAGGUGAUGGUAUUUCGCCAUAUAACCGUGAUGUAGCGCUCGGAAACUGGCGGGCACAUCCAGCUGUUAGAGAAGCUCAGACACCUAAUGCUGACCGACAUCGAUGCACUCUUGAAUUUAUAUUCAUCAAGUCCCGUCCGGUUCAUUCUCUUGUUCAUGGUCGUCCAUUACCACACCCCGCCUUAUCGCUCCUAGUCCUUACUCCGACUGUGGAGCCACAACGACAAUCCCGAACCUGCGACGGUUUUCUAUACCGAGCCCGGGGUAGGGAAACCGGACCAGAAGCCGUGGCCUGGCCCAAGCAAUGAUUUCAUUCCAUGCUUCCGUUCAAUCUUCUAGAAUCUUUCGUCUUGUAGGUGGCCGGUCAUCUGGCCUCAAAUGUAACAGCAAAAGCAUUCAUUCUGCAACACCAAAACUCCAAAGCUGUGCCGUCUACUUCAGCAUUCUGAACGGGAAAUCCCACACCACUGCCCUGGCCUCCUAUAGAGAGCCAGGUAGGUUAUAGUGUCUGCUCAAACAAGCCCCCAUGACAUCGCCGUUCUUGGUGUCAGUUUCGGUGCGGCGAUGCAAAAUGAAGACUCCAAUGAAAGGCAGACAAUGCCGUUCCCUGCGGAAUGGCAAGGUUAUUCACCAGGACCCUAUGCGACCGACAACAACCUCGACUUUGAAAUGUUCGAUCUUGAAGUUCAGCGGCAUUCAGAUAUGGGGGCGACACCGAUCUCCGAACCUCCGAACAUCAGCCAAGACCCUACAGGUCUAUCCAUGGAAAAUCCCAGAGAGAUGACUAUUCAAAGUCCCAUGCCGACGUCAAAUCCGACUCCAGUCAAAGGAAAAAGAGUCCGAACAGGAUGUCUUACAUGCCGUGAGAGACAUCUCAAGUGUGACGAAGCCGUGCCCGAUUGCAUGAACUGCCGGAAGCGAGGCCGUGAAUGUAAGAGAGGAGUACGUCUUAACUUUCUGGAAAUCAACCUCCAUCGGCCUACUGCUACACCAAGUCCUGGAGGCUGGGAAGUCGAGUUCCAAGAUGAAUCGCGAGACAUUGCUUCAGAAUAUCAGGGCGGACUUGGACGAUAUGCGCCGUACGCUUCUGAAAUUGUCGACGAUAGCGAUGACCGGCAAGAAGUGGUGAAUUCAGUCACCGCAACUAAUAUCCAAGAUAUAGAUGCAUCAGCUGAUAGACUUCAACCUGGUUCGCAACAUCGUUUCAACUAUACUCAGGAUAACGCCACAGCCAAACCUUCAGAAAAUUCAAGAUUCAAAGCAGACACCGGUAUCAAGCUUGAGCUUAACGAGAAUGAACAUGGGACUCUGAGCGACGCGUCCCAUAUAGCCACACCAUCGUCAUCGACAAAGGCUGUUGUGACCCCACGAGCAGAAGUAUUUCCAGAGCAGCUCAUGGCAAUGAGGAACCGUCCUCUGGCACAGCAAACGUCAACUGAAGAGGUCGAAAACUUGGUGAUACCCAAGAUAGACACACCGCCUCGAAUAGAAAGACCGCUUGUCGAACAAGUCUUCCAGGAUGACCAUGUGCAACCUUCAGCAACCCAAAGCAACGAACCGGUGGGCCGCAACAUAUUGACAUCAGCCGAAGAAAUUCAUUACAUGCAAGUCUUUGUCGAAGAAGUUGCUGUUUGGAUGGAUUCGUUCAACCGGGAGAAACAUUUCACCCGAAGCAUUCCGUAUCACGCUCUGAGGUCGACAAUGCUCCUCAAUGCCCUUCUUGCAUGUGGUGUCAAACAUACUUCUCUGGCUGCCCCUGAGAAUCAUGACAAAGCGCUGUUCUACUACAAUACCGCAACCACGCAGCUUCUUCGAAGCCUCCAGAACCCUGAUCGAAAUACCGCCGAGUGUGCCACGACAGCGAUCGUUCUGAACGUAUACGAGAUUAUGUGCGAAAAGCCUGCCCAGCGUAUGAGCCAUAUAGCAGGUUCGCGAGCCCUUGUGCGAGAAUGUGGAUGGGAUGCCAGGAGUACAGGGAUUGGACUGGCCUGCUUCUGGCUGAACAUAGGGAUUGAAGUUCUCAAUUGCCUGGCAACAAAUUGGCAGACAACGUGGAGUCCCGACGAAUGGGGAAUGAGUCUUGGGUCUCGUAACAAUAACCAGGGUGACGAGGACGAGGACGAACAAACCUGGGUACACCGUGCGCUCUACAUCAUUGCAAAGGUUGCAAACUUCCGAGCGACUGCGUCACGAUCCGAUGAGAUUAGUUCCCAAAACGAACAAAUGUGGGUAAGAAAUCGUCUUUCGCAGUGGCAUGAGCUCAGAAACCUCUGUGAUGGUUGGAACAUCCAUUGCCCGAGAAAGAUGCGUCCCUUUGGUUAUGUAAAAGCGGAAAAAUCGACAAGCAAAUCGCUAUUUCCUGGUAUAUGGUACGUGAAAUAUCAUCCCAACUGCUGAAGCAUGUGGUUAAUCCGUGCUUAGGAUGAUCCAGCGGGAGGCAACAAUUGGCCAGCUGCUUUCACACACUGCGCAUUGUAUCCUUUCACAGACACACCCCCUGGAAUCUCCAGCGUCUUCAGAGAGGCUGCGAUUCUUGCAGCUGCAGCAUGCCUAUCAGGUCUGCGGCAUUGUCGCCCACACCACAGACAAGGGGGUUGCUAUAGUUGCGAUCCGUUGCUUGGCAAUUGCAGCUGCUGUGCUAACGAAUCCAAACGAGCAAGAUGAGGUCCUCGAGAUCCUUGAUAGGUUCAAUAGCACAAAUGGCUGGCGCUUGGGUGCCGUCGAGAUGGAGCUCAAGAGAGAAUGGGGUUGGGAGCGUAUGAAGAUGCCCACCUCGAGCCCGAAAACAGAGAACAGCCAAGAUUCGGUAAUAUCAGCGGCCCGAAGAGCCUCCAUGUCUUUGACGCCGUCGAGAAUUUUGACACCGCCUGUCAUGGGCCCGGCGGGAACGAAACCACCAGUCAACCCAUUGAGCUUCGCCGAUUUCAGGCUACCCAACCAUCCGUACCAGAAUUGGUAUGAGCCACCAAGUCGAUCGAGCUCGUUCGAUCCACCAACAUCGUAGGGACUCAAAAGCUCACAGAACGUACCUAGUUGACAAGGAAAGCCCUGUCAUGCCAAAAGUUGGAAGAUGAGAUAUUUAUGGCGAAUAAAGGGUAAAAUAGACGGCGUUGGGAUAUCUAUUGCUUUUGUCUAUAUUGCGGGAAUUGGAGUCUUGUUUGUCGGUUCAAUAGAAUGUCAGGGCAGAUUCUCUGAUAUGUUCACGGAGCGCGUUGCGUCGUUCAAGAGCUUCCCCCAGGCUGAAAAUUCAUACUGUAGCCUCCGGUCUUCUCGUCCUUGACCAUCUGGAAGUUGUUCGUGCUCAAUCCAAAUGGCUUCAAGAUGCCGUUUCCAAGAUCUUUCAGCUUACCCCACAUCUCACCCAUCUCUUUCUCUUGUGCUGCUUUGACGCGAGGAGGUAAGUCUCGUAAUUGCUUCCGAACUACUCGAAGGUCUGCCGGGGCCAAGCUUUCAGGUUUGGCGGCAAGUGCCUUACAGUCUUCUUCUGCACCAGCAAGAUUAUGCCAACCGCCAGCCUCUGAACGACCGCGGGCUCUUCGCAUGAGAGCUUUGCAUCGAAUGCGUUGAAUAUUGGCCUGAAGUGCCUUGAGCUCCCCAUCGUCUGCACUGGGUACUGGAGCGGCACGUGAAGCACCACUGCUGAUUAUCUCCUCUUCAACAUCGUCGUCUUCCUUCUUCUCUUUCUCUUCAUCAGACUUUUUGCCAUCAGAGCCC